UUUACCAACACAACUGCUGUCGUUCAGAUAAACACUGUUGCAAGGUAGCAGUUUAUGUAGCUGCUCUUUUGACCUAGUCUUUUUUUAUAAACAUUUUAGUGUCAGCCUUUGCAGCUCGAGACGACCCACACGUGAUCGACCAGGAUAACUAGGCAGAUUGUUAGAUACAGUAUUUGAAUUUGACGAGGCUGUUUUGACGUUGGAUAGCUAACUACAUUCGCUGGUUCGAAAUUUCGAAUAGACCUCACAUUAAUUGUUUAUAUGGUUAUAUCACAAGCGUACCAAAUUUUGAUAGGUAAAGCAGACUAAUUUGUUAACCGGGUCGACGUUCGUUUUUCAUGCCAGUUUGUGCAGCUGUACAUUUUCUGUGCGGCUAAUAAAUUAUAACGUCAUUUGUUUUUGAGAGCCCUCUGCGGAUUGUCAUUUUUACUUUUUCAAGAACAAGGCUUUCUGCCUGAAAUAUUUUUGUUAGUGAUUUCCACAAACAUUGUAGCUAGCAUUUAGCUUGCCCGCACCCGUAUCAGCGAUUGUAACCGCGAGCCAGCAUCAGCCAAGCGAAUUUGACAAAAACAUUUAGUAAAUAAAUAAGUCAUCAAGAGCAGUAUCACACACACCGAUAACUGACUUCUGUUGUCGAGAAAUUGCCUUAAUCUCUUGCUUAUUUUCCAUUACCGAAAACCGACAUCGAAAGUGAAGUAACCUAGCUAGCUACAGUCAGAAGCAGUUGAGUAGCUAGGUAUCCAAAUUCUGAAUCUGACCCGGAUUGUCAUUUUAUUAGUGUUAUUGUUGAAAAUGGCGGCGAUCGAAAUGGUGCAGAUGUUGAUCGAAGCAGCAGAAUACCUUGAUCGCAGAGAAAGAGAAGCUGAACAUGGCUAUGCCUCCAUGUUACCGUUCACCAGCAGCAAAGAGAAGGACAGCUUGAAACAGAAAAAUAAAAGCAAGAAGAACUCCAGUAGCAGAUCCACACACAACGAGAUGGAGAAGAACAGAAGAGCACACCUACGGCUGUGUUUAGAGCGAUUGAAAUCCCUCGUUCCAUUGGGACCAGACUCCAACAGGCAUACCACCCUCAGCCUGUUGAUGAGAGCCAAGAAACACAUUGGGAGGUUGGAGGAGAGCGAACGGAGAGCCCAGCAUACCUUAGACCAGCUGCAGAGGGAGCAGAGGCACCUGCAACGACGUCUGGAGCAGCUAGGGGUGGAGAGGACACGUAUGGACAGCACAGGAUCCACCGUCUCCUCCAACAAUCCUGACUCAGACCAGGAGGAGGAGCUGGAUGUGGACGUGGAGGGGACCGACUACCUGCUGGGGGAUCUGGAGUGGAGCACCAGCAGUGUGAGUGACUCUGACGAGAGGGGAAGCCUGCGCAGCAGCUGCAGUGACGAGGGCUACUCCAGUGCCAGCCUGCGCCUGCAGAACCAAAACACUCAGGAGAAGGCCAAGCAGUUGGGCUGCAGCCUAUAAGAGCACAGCCCUCGACCUCUGGCCCCCGUGCAACUGCAUCCCUCUAUCGUCAAGUUAACUCGCGCCACCAACCAGUCUCUGCCAAUCAGACCUCACUCCCAGCAGGACUGGCCUUCUGACCAAGACCUCUCCUCCAGCUAUAUUCCACCUCUCUUUCCCCCUCAGACCGCCAACACCUGAGACACCCAUCAUGCCAUUUCAACCGUCCAUCAGCCAACCAGAAUGGAGGAUCAGUCUCUGGCACUGCCCAUUCAGAGCCUCUGGUCCAAUAAGAUGAGUAGGAUUUGGAAGACACUCCUCCGUGCAUCCCUUUCUGUGUCCACCACCUCCCCACCCCACCCCCUCCCUCCCUUCCUGCUCUGCUGUCUGUUUCAGUGUAAGAGCAGAGCAUAGAGGUGACUUGCCUGUUUUCACUUAUCCAUGCUGUUUCCCCCUUCCAGCGUCCGAGAACAAAGACUUCAGCUAGAGAAUGUGAUUACAACACUACACCUCACUGCCCC